AUGGCCACUGCCUCCGCGGCAGGACUGUGGUUUGCUUCUGCCACUCACGCUAGCAACUGUUCGACCUCUAGCAUCAGCAACCCUUCGAUCCCUCAUGGUCAAGUCCUGAACCUAUCCGCGGUCCCGGUCCACAACUAUAACUAUCAAAACUCAACCCUGAAUUUCUGCAAUGUCACCGUUACCUACACCCACCCCGGUUGGAACGACACGAUCCACGUCAAUGUCUGGCUUCCAUCGUCCAAAUGGAACCAGCGACUCCAAGGCGCAGGUGGCGGUGGCUUCUCGGCUCUGGAAAGUGUGGACAAUCUAGCAAAGGCCGUGACCGGAGGAUACGCAGCUGUUGGAACAGACGCGGGGCAUGAGUUGAACCUGGCUAGGUCGGAUUCCUGGUCGCUCGACGAGUCUGGAAAGGUUAACAUGCCGCUUCUCAAGGACUUUGCUUCUGUUGCCUUGAAUGAUGCGGCGGUUGUAGCCAAGGGUAUUAUUAACGAUUUUUACGGACAUGGGUCUCGGUACUCGUACUGGAAUGGAUGCUCGACGGGUGGACGACAGGGUCUUAUGCUUGCGCAGCGGUAUCCUACGGCGUAUGAUGGAAUUCUGGCGAAUGCUCCUGCGAUUAACUGGCCUGAGUUCAUUGUCGCGGAGUACUGGCCGCAGUUUGUGAUGAAUCAGAUGAAAACGCAUCCUUCUCCGUGUGUCAUUGAUGCGAUCACCGCUGCUGCUGUGAAAGCGUGCGAUGGCAACGAUGGAGUGAAAGACGGUGUUAUUUCAGAACCAAGCCAUUGCCACUUCGACCCCUUGACCACGGUCAACGAGAUGGCCAACUGCAGUGGAAAGACAGUAACAAUUACUCGGAACGAUGCACUCGUGGUUCAGAAGAUUUGGGGCGGUAUGCGCUCUACCAACGGCUCGUCCCUGUGGUAUGGUCUCGAGAAAGGCGCGCCGCUGUCGGGAGGAUUGGCCGUAACGACGUGCUCGACACCGUCCAACUGCACGGGUAUACCGUUCCCCAUCUCAUCAGACUGGAUAUCCCAAUUCAUCCUGGAGAACCCAUCUGCGGAUCUGACUCAGAUGAACCACGAGCAAUACCAACGGAUCUUCGAAUACUCUCGCCAAAAGUACGACUCGAUCAUCGGAACGAAUAACCCCGACCUAUCCGCAUUCAAACAAGCCGGUGGCAAGCUGGUGACAUGGCACGGAUUAGCCGAUCAACUCAUCUUUCCCAAGGGCACGGAGAAGUACUACAAGGAAGUGGAGACCUUGGAUCCCUCGGUUCGUGACUUCUAUCGGCUCUUUUUUGCCCCGGGUGUGCAGCACUGCCAGGGAGGUAACGGUGAGAUCCCGGUUAAUCCGUUGGAGUUGGUCGUCAACUGGAUAGAAAAGGGUGUUGCGCCAGAGACAUUGCUGGGGAAGACAGAGGAUGGUUCUAGGAGUCGGAAGCUGUGUCCGUAUCCGUUGGUGUCGGUGUACAAGGGAGGAGAUAGUCGGGAUGCGUCGUCGUAUGCAUGCGAAGAAGUUUCUGCUUGA